GAGGCUGGCGUCAGAGACUUCAGGGUGAUGGAGGAUAAUUCUGAGGCCGCGAGACUGCGACGAGACCCGAGCUUGGAAUUAGCGCGGCAGAGAGCAGAGCUUUUGGGGCUGCCUCCUCCCCCGGAACCAAGGAAAGUUCAGGACGUCAUACCCUCUUCGCCCCCACCAUCGUACGAGCACGUUCUCGCUGAGACCAGACUGGCAGCGGCAAAGGCGGAGUCCGCGUGUCGAACCCCGGACGAGGAGACGGAGGAGCGGAGUACAAAGGGAACAGUGGCAAAGCGACCAGAAAUCCUCCACAAGUCGAGCAAGGAGCUGUACCGGGCUGUGGCAGCCCAAUGGGGCAUCACGUGCAAGAUGAGCGACCACUGUCGCUGCCUUGACUGCCAGGGUCGUUAUUUCGACUGUGAAUACGACCAGAACGAUCAGGAAAAAACUGACGGAGGUCUCGGAGCGGGUACGCCGAUGUUCAUCUCGGAAGUGAUUCACGGGACGGCUUGCAACAUCCUCUGAACUACGCGGUUUUAGUCCUGCGCGGAGUGUUCUGAUACACGCCUCGCUCGUGAAAUCGUCUGCUAACCUCAAUGUCUCUUAUGCAUAGUUUGGUGCAGUUGUGGUAGGUGAAUCUGAACGUUUUGUUGGGUUUAGAAAUUUCAAGAAACCGGACUCAUUUAAAAUGUAAAAUGUGUCAAUUAUUUGUAAGGACUGAUGUCAAGACAGUUGAAAUACACUAAUUGUACAUGUCGAAGGAACUGAAUGAAGUUAAGAUAUUUUAGGAAAUCUGGAAUGAAAACGAAUUUCUCUGUAUUUUUAAACAAUUACAAAACAGCAAGUGGAAAGUUUCUGUGAAUUCCUUUUCAAAUAUAUUAGAUUUUUCAUAUUUUAAACACAAUUUGAAAUCGCCGAUACUGUAUUUGUACUUGAACACAAAUUAUUAUACAGAAUUUCACCCCCUUUCGUUUCGUCGUACAAAAACAGACAUUACUUAAAAUCUCAGUUAAUAAUUUUAAUUACUAACUCUUACGUUAUCAUAAUGGUAUCAGAUAUGCAGUAUAUACACUUCAGUCUUACAGACAAUUAAAAAUAUCUAAGUGACGUUUCAAUUUACCGACAUUUUUAAUUUUAAGAAUGCUUUAAAAAGUAAACUUAACAAUGCAAAUUUUGCAUUGUCUAAAUUUAUAUUUUAUGUGUUUUGAGAAAACUAAAAAAAAUACUGGGAAGCCAAAAUUAUAAAAAUAAAAAAGUAAACGAAAAAUAACUUCGUUAUUUCUCAUCUUCUGGGACAGUAACUUCUAAUUCGAACAGAAAAUAAUUUUAUAGUCGUGUCAGAUAUAACACGUACACCAAAAGAAUAUAUUUUCGGAAAUACGUGUCACGUGUGCAUUCGUUUAAAUAUGGUGUUCUUUAAGAUGAGGGAGUCACUAAGAAUAACCUUGACGGAAAUGAAUAGCAAAUCGUCUGUGUACAACAAUUUAAUUAUUUAAUAUUAUUUCGUUAGUUGAUGCUAUGUUCUGAAAACGUAGAUUUUAUAAGUGUUAUUAUUAUUUUCUAAAAUUAUAUUUAUAUAAAUGAUUUUGUAUUUGAAUCAGAAAAACGACUGUAGUAUGAAAAUUGUUGACUUUCUCCGGUUCCAUUUCCAAAUUAAUUGUUACAUCAAAAUGUCCUUUCCGUGUUCAUGUAAUACAAGAAACAUUACAGACGACAGCCGGAGAUGGGUUUGUCUUCUUCCUAAAGAAAUAAAAUAAUGUACUGAUAACAAACUGAUGACUCUGGCGUACCGUCAGUACAUAAUAUAUUCAAUACGUCCUACUCAAAAUAAAAAAUAACUUACGUAUUUUAAAAUUGGCAUCACACAGAAAAUAUUUAUAAAACAAAAAUUAUCUUAAUCCCAUCGAAAGCAAAAUUUAAUAUAGAGUAAUUUAAUAAAUUAUUAAAUAAACAAAUCUUCUUAGAAGAUAUACGAGGAAUGAAUAAUAAAUUAUAAUUAUUUUCUUGAAAUAAGAAUACAAACAAUUUUAGAAAUGCAAUAGCAAAGUCUAGACAGGUUCUGAGACCCAUAAGCUGGGUACUGCGAGGGGCGGACUCCCAUGGAUUCAAAUAUUAAUCAGCCCCCUAAUAAAAACAGUGCCGAAGUUAUGAUCAUGUUGAUUUAUAGCCUAAGUCUACUCCCCAAAUGUUUUACUGCUCCAGUACUUAAUUAAGUAUCAAGAGAAAACAUUACUGUUUUAAACCAGACAGGCCUACCGCAUAUAAAUAUUUGUAUACUUGUAAUUAAUACAGGAAUUCUGUGUUUAUUUGUGUUUAAUGACUGUUCGCUGCAGUUUGUAAUGAUUUUCAUUAUAUUUCUUUCGAAACAAAAUAAUUACAUACGCUAAAAAUCUAAGUAAAUCAUUUAAAACAUCAGGUACAGUCUAUUACUGCCAAACAAACGUGUUUCUUUGUAAGAUGGUUACAAAGUUCACAUAAACAGUGAAAAUUACGAAGAAAAAACAAAAAUCUAUUUCCUGACUUAACGCGUGGUACGCACUUCGUAGAUUAUUUGAACACGCACAGUGUACGAUUCAGAUAGUCAUUAAACAAUGUUAACUACGUAACCCGCCUCUCCUACAAAUUCGAAUCACAAAAACAUUAAUUAUAGACGGGUAAAACUGUAAUUACACCAAAAGGCCUAAUUUUUAAGUUAAUUCACAACUACACAUUUCUCAUCGAUAUCAUUAUAACAUUCUUUCUCAGUUACUUUUAAAAAAAGUAACACUUCAAACAGAAUCAUUCUUCCGUCAAAAUAACUGGUUAAUAUUUAUAAAUAUUGCAUUUUAACUUAUGUAUAUUUGACGUAAAAUGCAUGUCGAUGACAACCGCGAACAGAAUAAUAUUUUCGAUACAAUUUGAUACAGAGAUUUUAUAUUUCAUUUUAAUAUUAAUUUACUUGUUAAAUACAAUUCACUUCUUUAACAAUUUCAUUACUCGUUAAUUUGAUGUACAUUCAUUUGCAUAACUGCCGCGGAUUGAUCGUUAAUUAAUGUAUGUUUAUCCUAUUAUAGAAAAUUUUGUAUUGGUGUUAUUUAUCACUGUUGCUGAACGUGUAUGUGUGCCUGUGUGUUCCGAACACUUCUUUUGUAUGUGCGUACUUGCAAUGAUCACUUAAUGUCGUAUCAGCGAAGGCUGUAUCAUUUUAAUGUCGUCAGUAAAUUAUAGACUAUUAGUAAUAACUUUUACGCCGAUAAAACAGCUUAAUGUCAUUUUCAGUUGCUCGAAAAUCUUCAAAGUUUUGUUUUAAUUACGCGCUCCUCUGUCAAUUUUGUCACUGCGCGUCGUUUGUCGUCAUUUUUUUUUUUCCAACGUAGCUGACAGUUUGCAUACAUACUAGGGGUACCCCAUCACGUCUUCCCUAAUCGUUGGAUAUUUAUUCGAAAAAAAUCCUUUAUCAUACAUUUAUACAAUUAAUACAGGGCUGAAUUUAUUACUGUAUUUUUAAAAACUAUAUCUGUCUUGACUUUCCUCGAUUAUUUCGUGUUACUCCGUUCAUUAAUUUGAUUUAAAUUUAUUUUUAUAUCUCUUUGGUUAGGUUAGCACAGUAUAUUGAAUAGCAGAACAACCUCGAACUUUUACGUUAAUUCUAAUUGAAAUAUUAAUAAAUUAAAUUUGUUUUCCACGAACUUAAUCUAAACAUUAAUUGAUCACUGCCUGUACUUCAGUUUUCCUCUCAAUUAUGACGUGAAAAUUUAAUGGAAUUUCGCGUGAUGUCGUGUAACUUUGACUAAAGUGCUUAAUGAUGUGUGUUAUACAAAGUACUUAUAUUACUAAUGGUUGUCAUAAGUUUGUUAAUAAUCACUGUCGAGGGACGACGUAAGAAGAAACAACACAGAAAUGCAAAUUAUAUGAAUUAUGUUUUAUAGAUUUGUUAAGAAUAGGGAUAUAUAUUACCCAAAAUUUUGAUGUAACAGGAUUUUCAAGUGAAGACUGAUGCCAUGGUAUUUAUAACGCAUGUAAAAUACCAGUACAUGUAAUCAAUGGAACAAUUAGUUCAAUAAAGUAUUUCAUUUUUAUACA